GUGAGCGGUACAGAAAAAUGAUAGACACAGAAAUUGUCAACAUGAAAGUGUACGAUAUAAGAUUUCCAACAAAUAUGUGGAAUACUGGAAAUGAUUCAAUGCAUACGUAUACCAACCAUGCCUGUACGUAUGUAAUAAUCCAUACUAACACGAAAUAUAAAGGAUACGGCAUUGCAGCCACUUUAGGAAGAGGAAAUGAAUUUGUGGUACAAACUUGCGAGCUUAUGUCCAAAUUCAUAAAGAAACGAACGACCACAGAAAUCUAUUCAAAUUUUGCAUCAUUUUGGAGAGAGUUAACAAACGACGUGGAACUUCGAUGGCUAGGGGUGGAGUGCGGUGUGGUACAUUUAGCUACAGCAGCUAUCGUGAAUGCCUUGUGGGACCUAUGGGCACAUAUCGAAGAUAAACCCGUCUGGAAGCUGCUUACGGACAUGACACCCGAACAGCUCGUUUCCACUGUGGAUUUUAAAUACAUUAGAGAUGUGGUGACUGAGGAGGAGGCGAUAGAAAUGCUCAAGAAAGAACAGUCAAGUAAAGAGGAAAGGCAGAAGAUAUUAGAAAGUAAAGGAUAUUCGGCAUACACGGCCGAUAUCGGAUGGUCUUUCAACAACCAACAAAUUAGAAGUGCUUGCAAAAAAUUCAAGAAACUCGAGUUUAAUGAGUAUAAGACAUAUGUGGGUCCUACCAUCUCCAUGAGCUGGAAGAAGUGUAACCUGAUACGAAACGUGAUAAGCAAGCGUAAAGACAAGACAUUGAUAGUGGACGCGAAUCAAUUUUGGGACACGCCCGAAGCAAUAUUUUCUGUGAAAGGUUUCAAUCAAUUACAUCCCUAUUGCAUAGAAGAACCAACAUCUCCCGAUGAUGUUCGUGGACACGUUGAUAUACAAAAAGAACUAAAAAUGUUUAAAUAUCCAGUACGAGUUAGUUGCGGCGAAACGUGCGCGAAUCGCGUCUUAUUCAAACAAUUCUUAAAAUAUGGUGGAAUUGAUUUUUGGAACAUUAACGUAGGCAGACUCGGUGGAGUUAAUGAAGCUCUAGCUGUAUACUUUAUGGCAAAAAAACAUUCAAUACCGGUGUGGGGGCAUGCUGGUGGAGUUGGCUUAGGCGAGAUGAACCAACAUCUUCAAAUAUGGAAUUUUAUUUGCUUAAGUGCACUCACGGAUACUAAGAUAGAAUACACUAGUCAUCAGCACGGAUACUUUAAAGAUCCUGUAUUUAUUAGAAACGCUGCUUACCUAUUGCCUAAUCGUCCAGGAUUUUCGACUCAGCUUAAGGACAAAUGCAUUGUGCGAUGGUCUUAUCCAGAAGGUACACGAUGGCAACAUCUGAUUAAAACAAAACGCUUCAAGAACGAACUUAAUUACAAAACCAGAUUUUAA